GGCCCCCCCCAUUUCCUGGAGCGUUUCUCAGCGCGGAAACAGGACGGGCCCCCCCGCGGAGGAUGGAGCCGGAGGAGGGGCUUAACGUGCCCCCCACGGCGGGUGCCCGCGGCCCCGCGGCCGCCGCCAUCAUCGGCGCCGAGGACGAGGACUUCGAGAACGACAUCGAGCCCACCCCCGAGGAGCAGAGCAGCCAGUUCCAGAGCCUGGAGCUGCUGCGGCAGCACCCGCUGUCCCUCAUGGCCUUCCUGCAGCACGUCGUGCUCCAGUUCGACUCCUGCCCCGUGCUGUGCUACCUGCACGUGGACAUGAUGAGGAGGAUGAACCCCAAGGAGAGCAGGAAGCAGUUCCUGGAGUUCUGCCACCUGUUCCUGGACAAGGCAGGGCUGCUGCGGGUGCCCAUCCCACACCACGUCCAGUUUGAGCUGGAGCGCAGCCGGCCGGAGCUGCUGUCCGAGGAGAGCCAGCGGCGCUUCCUGCAGGACAUCCAGAGCUUCCAGGAGCCCGAGGUCAGCCGGCAGCUGGAGGACUUCAGGUCCAAGCGGCUGAUGGGGAUGACCCCGGGCGAGCAGGAGCUCUCCGAGCUGGAGCUGAGCCGGGCCCGGGACCCCGCGGGCAGCGAGAACCGGGAGCGGCAGCUGGCGGAGCAGCUGCUGGCGCGGCUGGAGGACAUGCACCUCACCAUCUCUUCUGAUGAAGAAAAAAGCUCUGUCAUCUUCGGAGCCAUCGUCACCUACAUGAGAUUCCUGGGGGUCAGGAGCAAGGGGGGCGAGGGCAAGAGGCACAGGGGCAACUUCUUCAGGAAGAAGGUCUCCGGGAAGGAGCCGCCGCCCGCCAAGGCCCGCAGGGGGUUCAUCCUGCCGGGGGCGGCGCUGUGGGGGCGCGACCCGCACGGAGCCGAGUUGAGGCAAAGCAAAGGGCCCGAGGGAGAAGCCGAGAAGCCCCCUCCCCCCGAGCGGAGGGGCCCGCGGGGGGCCGAGCGCAGUGAGGGGGGGCUCCCCGCGCCCCCCGCGGGGGGGGGGGCUCAGCCGGGACCCCCGACCCCCCCCCCCGCGGCCCCCCCGGGCGGGGACAGCGCCGAGCCCGAGCCAGGGACAGACCCCCCGGGACCCCCGGAAUUGGGGGAGCCCCCCCCGGAAGCCCCCCCCGGGGAGCAGCAGGCGGUGGAGGAGGGGGCGGAGAGCGACAGGAUUUUGGGGCGCUCCGAGAGCCUGCGGGGCCCCGAGCGACGCCGCUCCCAAAAAAUGGGCGGGGGGCGCCUGGCCCCGCCCCCACCCCGCUCCCGCAGCAGCGCCGACCUGCGGGGACCCCCCCCCACCCCCGAGCCGGGGGUCCCCGGGGGGGCUGUGCCGCCCUUUGUGCCCCGGCAGCCCGAGGAGCCGGAGCUGGAGCAGGAGCCGCCGGCCUGGCGGGAGCUGGCGGCCCCCGAGGCGCUGCUGGGGCUGCCCCAGCGCGAGGUGCGGCGCCAGGAGGUCAUCAACGAGCUGUUCCUGACGGAGCACGCCCACGUGCGCAUGCUGCGCGUGCUGCUCGAGCUCUUCUACCAGCCCAUGCUGCGCGAGGGUUUCUUCGACGAGCAGGAGCUCUCCAACAUCUUCCCCAGCCUGGAGGACCUGGUGGAAGUUCACACCGUGUUCCUCGACAGCCUCAAGAGGCGGCGGGAGGAGAGCGGCUUCGUCAUCGGCGAGAUCGGGGACGUGCUGCUGGCCAGGUUCGAGGGCACCGAGGGCAGCUGGUUCCAGAAGAUCUCGGCGCGGUUCUGCAGCCGCCAGAGCUUCGCCCUGGAGCAGCUCAAGGCCAAGCAGAGGAAGGACGCCCGCUUCAGCCAGUUCAUACAGGAGGCCGAGAGCCGUCCCCGCUGCCGGCGGCUGCAGCUCAAGGACAUCAUCCCCACCGAGAUGCAGCGGCUGACAAAGUACCCCCUGCUGCUGCACAGCGUCACCAAGUGCACAG